AUGAAGCACCACCCAGUGAAGUUUAAUGGGAAGGUUAGCCCUGACGCAACAGACCAGUGGCUGAAGGAUUUGGAGAGGAUCUUUGAUGCAAAAACAUGCUCAACGGAGAACAGGUUGGCCUUCACAAUGUACAUGCUCACCGGAGAGGCUGAGCACUGGUGGAUUAGUACAAAAUCCAUCAUGGACGAGAGAAGUGAGCCGGUGACGUGGGAGACCUUUAGGGGGAAAUUCCUCUCGGAAUAUUUCCUAGACAGUGUUCGGUAUGCCAAGGAGGUGGAAUUCCUCCAGCUGACCCAGGGAGGGAAGACAGUGAUGGACUAUGCUGAGAAGUUCAAGCAUCUCAGCCACUUCUAUACCUUGCCGCUCGAUGAGGAGUGGAGAUGCUGGAAAUUUGAGAACGGCCUCAGGGGGGAUAUUCGCUUGAUGGAAGGCCACUUUGGGAAGGAUUGUCCCAACCUUGUUAGGGUAGCAACAAGCCCUCCAGUUCAGACUCCCUACCAGCAUCAGAGGAGGGACAGAGGCAACAGGCCUCAAGCGACCAGCAAGGUGUAUGCUAUGUCAGGAGCUGAGGCAACUGUUUCAAGUAACUUAGUUAUGGGUAGUUGCAUAAUAGCUAAUACUUCUUGCUGUGUGUUGUAUGAUUCUAGAGCGACACACUCAUUUGUGUCAGAUGCUUGUGUGAAACGUCUGGGUCUGCCGGUGUGUGAGCUGGUGGUAUCUACUCCGGCGUCAGGUUUGGUCAGGUCGUCGUCCUUAUAUGCUAGGUGUCCGGUGGAGGUGGAGGGACGUAGGUACAAAGUGAACCUAAUCUGCCUGCCCCUAAAAGAGUUGGAGGUAAUCUUAGGGAUGGAUUGGCUCUCUGCCAAUCGCAUUCUUAUAGAUUGUCGAGAGAAGAAGCUGUUGUUCCCCAACACAGUGGAACCCGAGCUGUUAUCAUCUCACGGAGUCAGGAAGGAGCUAGAAGGUGGUGCGCAGUGUUUCAUGAUCUUCACCCAUCUAGAGGUGGAGAGAGGAGAGGUGACGUCGGUGAUACCGGUUGUACAUGAAUUUGAAGAUGUGUUUCCAGAUGAAAUGUCAGGGUUGCCUCCUAAUAGAGUGGUGGAGUUCUCUAUUGACUUAGUACCUGGAUCUGGUCCAGUGUUGAUGGCCUGUAUCACAUGGCUCUAG